UCCACAACAACUGCUAGCUAGCUAAUGAUUCGAAAUUAAUUUUACUGAAUAAACGUGGUUUGUUUACUAAUUUAAUUUUACGAACGGCAGUAAACAUACAUGAAUGCCGUGUGAACGAAUUGUUCUCGAUAGUGAACGUACUUUAAUAUGUUUUGGAAUGUUGUAUUAUGGUCGCUACAUGGUUUGAUAGCUGGGGAAAUAUUGCACGACCAUCCAGUAGAUUUUGUAAUGUGGAAAAUACUAUAACUUACAAUAGUUAUGAUAUGUGUAUGAUAUAAAGAACCAUGGAGCUGGUAGCUAAUAUCAUAACGUUAUGACAAUAUAAUCAACACAUCUUGGAUAGAAGAAUGAGUGGCGUUACAGAGCACCGCGAAAUCAAAAUAAAACGCGUUUCUUCUCGCAAAAGAUCUAGGGAUAUCCUGAGAGCUCCCCUCGCUCCAGCUAUGAAGAAGGGAAACUCAAAUGAGGAGCAAUGCUUAGGCCUACAUUGCCAGGUUGGUGCGCAAGAGAAAGACAGACCUAUAGCUACAACUGGACUAAAGUCCACAGAGUGCUACAGUGACAAUGAAGAUCUAUUCGGGGACUAUGACAGCAUUGCUGGUGAUAGCUCCUUCCUGGCUAAGAUGGAUGAUAUGGAGCUGAACCUGAAAGGGCCCUGCUCUGACUUCAGAAGUGAGAGAGACCCUGCCCUCGAAGGGCACACGGGUGUCAGACAACCACCUGAGCACCCCGAGCCAGACUUCACCGCACUAAAGAUGGCAAAAGAUCUGCGUAAUGAAGAUCUCAGCGAUUCUACAUUUAUCUCCAGUCUAAGGGACCAGUUUUUUGAGGAUCUUCCCAGCUCCCAGCUGGCAUUUCAGCAGGAUGUUGUGAAAAAAGCAGGGCAGUACCAGAGGUGCGCCGCCUCCACGCCCGAAGUGAAAGUCCGAGAUGCAGGCGCCACCCCGGAGAGGAAGAGGCAGAGGAGAAGCAUGGCAGAGCAGCUGAAGAGGGCCAUGGCUGGGAACGCCAGCGCGUCCUCAGCCCUGGCGUCCAGGACAGCGGUGCAGAAAGAGGCGGAGGUCACCAAGGAGAUGAGUGUUGCCACGCAUGCCAUGGAGUCCACCUCCAAUGAGACUGACCUGGGUCCUUUCUUCGGCCUCCCCAGCAAAGUAAAGGACCUCAUCGGCAGGCUGCGAGGAAUCCAGGACCUGUAUGAGUGGCAGAAGACGUGCUUGACGCUGGACUCAGUGCAGCAGAGGAGGAACCUGAUCUACUCCUUGCCAACCAGCGGGGGGAAGACCCUGGUGGCGGAAAUCCUGAUUCUCAAAGAGCUGCUGUGCAGAAAGAAAAACGCUCUACUGAUCCUUCCAUACAUCUCCCUGGUACAGGAGAAGGUGCGGGGCCUGGCUGCCUUCGGCCUGGAGCUGGGCUUCCUGGUGGAGGAAUACGCAGGCAGCAAAGGCAGGUUCCCCCCGGUCAAGAGGAGGACUAAAACGUCCUUGUACAUCGCUACAAUCGAAAAGGGCCACAGCCUGGUCAACUCCCUCUUGGAAAAUGGCCGAUUGGACAGCAUCGGCCUGCUGGUGGUGGACGAGCUGCACAUGCUGGGUGAGGGGAACAGAGGGGCGGUCCUAGAGAUGGCUCUGGCAAAAGUACUGUAUGUAAGCAAAUCAACACAGAUUAUUGGAAUGAGUGCCACCCUCAGCAAUGUUGUGGACCUGAAGGAAUUCCUAAAAGCAGACAAUUACACCAACGAGUUCAGGCCUGUCCAACUGAAAGAGUAUGUGAAGCUAAAGGAUUCCAUCUAUGAGAUCGACCCAAAGGAAGAACACUGCUUCAGACUGUCGCGACCUUUGAACUUCAAGUACUCCAGCACCAUGCAGAAGAUGGACCCUGAUCACAUCAUCGCCCUGGUGACAGAGGUGAUACCAGUGCACUCCUGCUUGGUCUUCUGUCCCACCAAGAAGAACUGUGAGAACGUGGCACUGAUGAUCUGCAAGUACCUGAAGAAGGAGUAUGUGCAGCACAGAGAGGGGGAGAAGGCGGCUCUGCUGGGCGAUCUGAGGGCCAGCGGGAACGGGCUGCUGUGCCCCGUGCUCCAGAAGACGGUCCCGUACGGCCUGGCCUACCACCACAGCGGCCUGACGGGGGAUGAGAGGAGGCUGGUGGAGGAGGCCUACAUGGCGGGGGCACUCUGCCUCCUCACCUGCACCUCCACGCUGGCCGCCGGGAUCAACCUGCCUGCUCGCCGGGUGAUCCUACGGUCUCCCUACGUGGCCACAGACUUCCUGAAGAGGAGCCAGUAUAAGCAGAUGGUGGGUCGGGCGGGGAGAGCUGGCAUCGACACAUCAGGAGAGAGCAUCCUGAUUCUGCAGGAGAAAGACAAGCUCAUGGCAGAAAAGCUGGUGUCUGCACCUAUGGAGAAGUGUAACAGCAACCUCCUGCAUGACAACGGCAGGGGCAUUCAGAGCCUGAUCCUGUCGCUCAUCGGCCUCAGUAUCACGACGACGACAGAGGAAGUAGGUGAGUUCAUGUCUGCCACUCUGCUCGGCGUGCAGGAGGCCCGCACCGCCUUGGAGAAAAGCCUCUGGGACAUUACCCAGGAUUCUGUGCGCUUCCUCAUCCAGAAGGGCCUGGUUGCAGCAGUGCCGCCUGAUCUAAGAAACGGCACUGCGCUAACCAUCACCAAGCUGGGCAGAGCCACUUACAAAGGCUCAAUUGAUUUGACCUACAGUGACCUCUUGUACAAAGACUUAUCAAAAGGCCUGGAGAGUCUGAUGUUGAACAGUUUUCUUCACCUGGUCUACCUGGUAACGCCGUAUGACAUGGUCUCUCAGUGCAAGCCUGACUGGAUGAUCUACUUCAGGCAGUUUUCCAUCCUGUCUGCUACAGAGCAGAAGAUGACGGCCACUGUAGGUGUGCCUGAGAGCUUUGUGGCUCGCAAGGCAGCCGGGCAGAGUGUGAAAAAGCCAGUGGACACAGUGGCAGUGAACAGGCUCUACCUGGCCAUGGUGCUGUUCUCCCUGCUGAAGGAGACUGACCUGUGGAGCGUGGCUGACAGAUUCCAGCUACCCAGGGGCUUCAUCCAGACGCUCCUCAACUCUGCCUCAGCCUUCAGCUCCUGUGUCCUGCACUUCACAGAGGAGCUGGAGGAGUUCUGGGCUUACAAGGCGCUCCUGACUGAGCUCACACGUCGCCUCACCUACUGCGUGCAGCCAGAGCUCAUCCCCCUGAUGGAGGUGGCCGGGGUCCUGGAGGGUAGAGCCAAGCAACUGUACAACUGUGGUUACAAAACUCUAGCCCAUGUGGCUAAUGCUGACCCUAACGUGCUUGUCCAGACUAUGCAGAACCUCUCUACCAGACAGGCCAAUCAGAUUGUGGCUUCUGCAAAAAUGCUGCUGACUGAAAAAGCUGAAGCUCUACAGGAAGAGGCAAAUGACUUGCUGACACUUCCUCCUGAUCUCCCUUCAUUAUAAUGACUGCCGUGCAGUAUAUUUAUUAGAAAUUUGAUAUUUCAGGCUCUUGUUGCUUUUUAUGUAUAUGGCUCUUAGUAAGAAAAGCACUGUAAAACAAAUAAAAUAUUUGGACACCCGG